AUGCCGCCGCACACCCGUGACACCCAUGAGGAUGACUCUCAGUGCGGGGAGACGAAGUUCUGGAGGAAGAUGGUGCUGCCAAUGCUACACCAGGAAGCCAGCACGCCUGAGAAGCGCAGCUUGACCUGCACGUCCAUCACCAGGGGCCUGGCUAUCCUCCGGAGUGUGGCCUGCCGGGACACGCAGGACCCAGGAUGGGGACCACGCCAACAGCAGCACACCCACAGCAAGGCCGCCCGGGCUGCUGGCCACUGCUGUGGGCAGCUGAGUGAACUCAAGGAUGCCACCAGCCCCUCUGGCUUCGUGCCCGCCAUGGAGGAACUCCGGAGGAUGUUUCUUAUGCGUCCUGGUUGCCCCCAGUUCAGCACCAGAGCCACGUCCAUGUCCUUUUAUGACUUAGCCACUGCGGUCGAUUUGCCUGGGAUCUGCAAGACAGCCAAGGAGCCUUUCUUGAGCAGGCAGAACUCGGACACGAUGGAAGGGCGCCUCCUUCCAUUUAGUAAGAGUGUUUACGAGUUCAAUUACUUGCGGAAGAGGAGCGAAUCACAGACUCUGAGCCCCGUCAGCAGCAGCCCAGGCGCAGCCCAGAGCCACCCAGAAAAGAGGAUGCCCUGGUACAUCUUGGUCAUCCAGGAGAAGGAUCACUGCCUGCUCACGUUGGGAAAGGAAAUCCAGCGCCUCUCCGAGCUGGAAAUAGAGGUUCAGAAGAAACAGGAGGAGAUCUUGGUGCUCCAGGAGGAGAGGGAGGCCCUGAAGAAGGAGCUGAAAUGCCUCCUCAAAAGCAAAGGCCGCAAGACAUCCAUGUCCUUGGGCAAGCGGGAACAGCCCUCGGAGGCUCCACUGAACCUGGGUAAGCUGAGUCUCCUGAAAACCCUCCCCAGAGACAAGGGGCAGUGGCAGCCCUGAAAGCAGGUGCAGGAGGAGCCUGCCAUGGUGGAAAGAGGUCAGGAGCUGGAGCUGGGCGGCAUCGAGGGGGAAGGGGGCCCGGAACAGGAGCCCGACGGUGCGGAGGAGGCAGGAGCCCAGGGCGGCGUGGGCAAGAAGGGGGCUGCGCAUGAGGAGGAAAGUGAGGAGGAAGGGGACGAGGGGCAGGUGGAGGAGGAAAGGGAGCUGCCCGAGGAGGCGGAGGACUCCAGGAGCAGGGCUCGCUCCCUGGACGAGUCGUUUGAGGAAGAGCUGAUGGCCCAGCUGGAGGAGUACGAGCAGAUGAUCCUGGAGUUGCAGUGCGAGCUGGAGGUCGCCAGGACCAGAUACUUCCUGGCAGCAGGAGUGAUCAUGUCUUUACAACGACAACUGGAUUUUCAAGAAUCCCAAUUGCGGAAGAUCAGUACGGAGAACGAGCUGCUGCAGAAGGAGCUCCGGGAGAGGAAGCAGCAGUUACAAGCCAUGACUGACAAGUUCUCCAACCUCCGAGAAGAUAAGAAACACCAGGAGAUGAUGGGGCACAUCGAGAAGGACAACCUUCUCCUCCGACAGCGAGUGUCAGAGCUGGAGAGUGAGCUCACAAAGCAGGAGCAUAUCAUCUCGGAGUUCGACACCAAGGUCAGCCAGCUGCAGGACCAGGUUGCCCUGGACCAGAACCGCUUGCAGAAGAGGAAGAUCCUCCAGGAGGAGCUGCAGAGCAGGAAUGAGAUGACCCAGCAGGCGGAGCUGCAGGCCCGCGUGGCCCUGGAGAGCACCCAGUCCAGGCUUGAGAGACUAAGAAAUAAGAUCAUCCAGGCCACCUUUAACGUCACCGGAACCAAGUCCUCGGCCACCGAGAUCUCUGACGGUGACCUCCUGGAAGCCCUGCAGAAGAUCAUCUCGGAGAGGAGCGACUACUAUAAUCAGCUGAAGCAGAAAGGCGUCAAGGUGCCCCCGCUGCAGUCGGAGAUCUCCCCGGCCGGCAAGGCCAAGAAGCUGACCUCCAAGUAG